AGAGCACGUGACUCGCUGAGUUGGCAAUAAUUAUAUCGGGAAGCCGAGUCUCCCCAGUCAGGGCUAAGUUCCACAACGUACAAUUUGUCGAGACACGACCAUGUCCUACUCUUAUCUGUUCAAGUACAUCAUCAUCGGAGACACAGGUGUGGGGAAGUCUUGUUUACUCCUCCAGUUCACAGACAAACGGUUCCAGCCAGUCCACGACCUCACCAUAGGGGUGGAGUUUGGUGCUCGGAUGAUAAACAUUGAUGGAAAACAGAUCAAACUUCAAAUCUGGGACACUGCAGGACAGGAAUCAUUUCGAUCCAUCACCAGAUCAUAUUACAGAGGAGCUGCUGGGGCGCUGCUGGUCUAUGACAUUACCAGACGAGAGACUUUUGAACACCUGACAUCAUGGCUGGAAGACGCGAGGCAGCACUCCAGUGCCAACAUGGUCAUCAUGCUCAUCGGAAACAAGAGUGAUUUGGAAGCCAAGAGGGAAGUCACGGCGGAAGAGGGGCUGUCGUUUGCAAAAGAGCAUGCACUAGUCUUUAUGGAGACAUCAGCAAAGACUGCUGCCAAUGUGGAAGAGGCAUUUAUCAACACAGCCAAGGAGAUCUAUCAGAAGAUACAGGAUGGGAUAUUUGAUGUAACAAAUGAAGCAAAUGGGAUCAAGCUGGGGCCACAGUACCAGACAGGAGGUCCGUCCCGGCCAGGAGCUAUUGACAGUGGCAAGCCACCAGGACAAGGAGGCUGCUGUUGA